GCCUCCCGUGACUGAGUUGAGGAUACUCUUUCCCCUGCAUCUUUCUGUAUCGCUAAACGUGAAUAAACACGACGUUGUUCUCUAUAAACAUUGACCAUCUCCUCUGAAGAAAGGUGUCAGAAUUAGCUGAGGCAGGCAGUUAAAGGAAGAAUUCUAAAGAUGGAUUUAAAACAUCUAGCUGGCUACCAGGUGAAACAUUUCUGUUGAACUAGCAACCAUCUUGCCAAGGAAGACAUGAAAACACAUCCAGAGUGUGUACACACCGAUCUGAGCUGAAAGCUGCACCCUUCUUUUCACUGAAGGAAGAGGAUUCGUUACUGGCGUCUUGAGGCUUCUACCUUGAAAUGUGCUGUGUCUUGCAAGGGAUUGGGAUGGGCCGAACAUGGUACCUUCAAAGAGCUUGGAAGGCUUUGAUGAGUCCACUUCCUCUUCCUCAUGGAUCAACAGGGCUGUGGCCUUUACUUGCUCCGAGGAAGGCAAAGUCCUUCCUUGAACUUGUAAUCAGCUCCCAGAGUGACAGCUUGGAGAGAGACAGAACAGGCAGGGAAGUGAGAGGGGAUGACAUGCAGCAAAGGGCCUGAGCUGCAAUCCAACACGGGCCUCUGCGGCAAGGACUCAGCCUUGAUACAUGGUGUGCACCUGCUCUACCAGGGUCAGCCUACCCCAGUGGGGAACUGGGUGGAAGAAAGGAAACACCCUGGACAGUGUACCGUGGCCUCAAUGAUGACUUCAGGUUUGGUGGCUGGGCAGCUGAGACGGUUUUCUUUUUACGCCGUAAGCAAAUGUCGCGAUACAUCAGCGGGCAAGCAAGACAAGCUGACGAGGUGAAGCACCAGAUCGCCACGCAGGAACAGGACCAUGAUUGACAGCUGGGCGAGCUGAGGAGACCUGUCACUCAUCUUCCUAUCAGCGUGUCAGAGGGCUAUCUCCUUCUCGCCUUCCCCCUCUUCGUCCUCCUUCUCCUCCACCAUCAUCCUCUUCCCUCCCCUCAAUCCUCUCCUCUUAUCUUCUCAAUGGGCUGGUAACCUCACCAUCCCUCCUAGUUAUCCACCACUCCAGAAACUUGAAAGAGACAGAAAUAGUAAAGAAAAACAACUCUUCUAAAAAGAUUGUCUCUCCACCUGAGGGAAGUUUGGCAUGCCUCCUCACUCCAGUUGAGUGAGUUGUAGUAAGUGGAAGUAGAAGAGGGAUCCCUUGUUAUUACACCUUCAGAAGGAGAUACAGCUCCUCGAGAAGGAGCCGAGAGAGGACCAGUCAUGCGUUUCCAUUUUGCGUUGACGCUGCAGGCGCUGUGGACCGGUGUUUGCCAGGCAGCCAUGCAGCACUACCCUGCAGCGUGGGGCCACUACGAUGUGUGUAAAUCCCAGAUUUUCUCAGACGAAGGCUUAACCUGGGACUACAUGGCCUGCCAGCCAGAGGCAGCAGACAUGACCCAGUACCUAAAGGUAACUCUGGAUCCCCCCAACAUCACCUGUGGAGACCCUCCGGAGACAUACUGUGCCCUGGAGAACCCUUAUAUGUGUAAUAAUGAAUGUGACGCCACCACGGAGGAACUCGCCCACCCUCCGGAGCUUAUGUUUGACAUCGAGGGCCGUAACCCCACAACCUUCUGGCAGUCCACAUCUUGGAAGAAAUACCCAAAGGCCCUCCUGGUCAACAUCACGCUAUCUUGGAACAAGACCAUUGAGCUGACCGACGACAUCGUCCUUACCUUUGAGUCUGGCCGGCCCGAGCAGAUGGUCCUGGAAAAGUCGUUGGAUUAUGGACGAACCUGGCAGCCCUACCAGUUCUAUGCCACUGACUGCCUAGACGCCUUCACCAUGGAGCCCAAGACGGUGCAGGACCUGACUCAGCAUACCCUGCUGGACAUCAUCUGCACUGAGGACUACUCACGAGGUUAUGUGUGGAAGUAUGAUAAAACAGUGCGCUUUGAGAUCAAGGACCGCUUUGCACUGUUUGCUGGGCCCCGGCUCCACAACAUGGCUUCGCUCUAUGGCCAACUGGACACUACCAAGAACCUGCGGGACUUCUUUACCAUCACAGACCUGAGAAUCCGUCUGCUCCGGCCCGCUACAGGAGCUACCAUGGUGGACGAGAAUAACCUGUCCAGAUACUUCUAUGCCAUUUCUGACAUCAAAGUCCAGGGCAGGUGCAAGUGCAACCUUCACGCCAACAGCUGUGUAUAUGACAAAGAGAAGUUGAGCUGCGAGUGUGAACACAACACAACUGGGCCUGACUGCGGCCGCUGUAAGAAGAAUUACCAGGGCCGAGCAUGGAGCGCUGGCUCCUACCUGCCCAUCCCAAAGGGCACAGCCAAUAUCUGUAUUCCUAAUAACAUUGGUCCAGUUAUUCGGCCGAAUGUGUCAUCGCUAGGUGUCGCUAACCGAAAAGAAGUAGCUCCUCAGGUUGCAUUGUCCACUGCCCCUUCUGUCCACGUUGCAAACAGCAAGCGAGCCCGGGUGUGUGACAACGAGCUCCUGCGCUGCCAAAAUGGCGGAGUGUGUGUCAACAACGUCCGCUGCAGCUGUCCCUCAGACUACUCAGGCCUGCUGUGUGAGAAGCCCCGCUGCGAGUCGGAGCUGGGGGGCUGCGGGGGCCCCAAUUCGGGCCAGGCCCCCCUGACGCCUCCAUCAUCUCCCAGGCUGCUGCUGCUGCUGCUGCUGCUGGGCUCGGUGCUGCGGAGAGAGGCCUCCUGCUGGCCCGCUGUGCUCUGAAGAGACCCAUGACCUGGU